AGCCCUGGGAUGCAGGAGAGUCGGAUUUACACAUCUCUGCAGCAGUACUAGGACACAUCGGAUUCAGCACCAGCUCAACACUCAGUGUCUUCCAGAUUCUGGGAGCUUCUGGUGUCAAGCUGGGCAUCCAAAAUUUUGUUCUUCUUUGUCACCCUCUGCAGUAACCCAUGAGAUACUUCCGGCUAACCUUUAAGUGCUUUGUGGACGGUUUCUGAUUCUCUUAUCAUCUUUGACCCCCUGUUUAGUCCUUUUAGAGGAAUUUCUCCUUGUACAAACCUCAUUUGCCAAACUUUUACUUUUUUAUAUAUAUAUUCUAUAUUUUUCUAUUUGACAUCCAUAGUAUUCUUUGUAUUUAUAAGUAUUAUUUUGAAAUUAAUUUGGUGAGGUAGGUAGACACCAGGACUGAAGAAGAGAUAAAGGAGAACAGAGGGAGAGAAUCAGAGGGGUGUGUAGGGUGUUCUGUAGAGGGUGAGAGGGGUAGAUUGGGACGAUGGAGAAGACAAGGUUGUCCUUGGAUAACGGCAGCUACAAAGUGACUGUGGAGGAGAAGAACGGACAGUUGAUACCGAAUGGACAUGACUCAAGCGUGUGCCACAAUGGGUCAGUGAAAGGGGGAAUGGCUUAUUCCUCCGGUUCCAAAACCGCUAUCCCUGAACGGGAGACCUGGACCCGCCAGAUGGAUUUUAUAAUGUCCUGUGUGGGUUUCGCUGUGGGACUCGGCAAUGUUUGGAGGUUCCCCUAUUUGUGCUACAAAAACGGAGGAGGUGUUUUUCUCAUCCCUUACAUCCUAAUUGCCAUCCUGGGAGGGAUUCCUAUCUUUUUCCUGGAAAUUGCCCUGGGGCAGUUUAUGAAGGCUGGAAGCAUUGCAGUAUGGAACAUCGCACCUCUCUUCCAAGGAAUCGGAUUUGCUUCUGUGGUAAUCGUGUUUUUCUGCAACACGUAUUACAUCCUUAUCCUGACUUGGGGCGUCUAUUACCUGGUGAAAUCCUUUACCGCCACUCUUCCCUGGUCACACUGCAACAACACCUGGAAUACACCGGAGUGCGUGGAGAUAUUCAGGCAUGGCGAUUGUAUUAACAGCACAGGAAACUCCAGCUACUCAAAUCUGACCUGUGAUCAACUGUCUGACAAAGUAUCACCAAUCACCGAGUUUUGGGAGAACAAGGUCUUAAGACUGUCCAGUGGCCUGGAUGACGUGGGUUCCAUUAACUGGGAGCUACUGCUUUGUUUGUUGUUCUGCUGGCUGCUCGUUUACUUCUGUGUCUGGAAAGGGGUCAAGUCCACAGGAAAGAUUGUCUACUUCACAGCCACAUUUCCCUAUGUGGUCCUUCUCAUCCUCCUUGUACGUGGUGCUAUGUUGCCCGGGGCACAAGACGGGAUCAUUUAUUACCUGAAACCCGACUGGUCCAAGCUUGGCACAGCCCAGGUGUGGAUUGACGCUGGCACUCAGAUUUUUUUCUCGUAUGCUAUCGGACUUGGUGCGCUGACUGCCCUGGGCAGCUACAAUCGCUUUCACAACAACUGCUACAAGGACGCCUUUGUUCUCGCUCUGAUUAACAGCGGCACAAGUUUCUUUGCGGGGUUUGUGGUCUUUUCUAUCCUCGGCUUUAUGGCGAAUGAGCAGGGUGUGGACAUAUCGAAAGUGGCUGAAUCAGGUCCCGGCUUGGCAUUCAUCGCAUACCCGAGGGCAGUGAGCUUAAUGCCAGUGGCACCGUUGUGGUCUGCACUAUUCUUCUUCAUGCUACUCCUCUUAGGCUUGGACAGCCAGUUUGUGGGCGUGGAGGGUUUCAUUACCGCCAUCCUGGACAUGCUGCCUGCUCGCUACUAUUUCCGCUACCAGAGAGAGGUGGCUGUUGCCGUGUGCUGUGCGGUCAUGUUCCUUAUUGACCUUUCCAUGCUGACAGAGGGUGGCAUGUACGUCUUCCAACUGUUUGAUUAUUACUCUGCCAGCGGGAUGACCCUUCUCUGGCAAACAUUCUGGCAGUGUGUGGUCGUUGCCUGGGUAUACGGUGCGGAUCGGUUUAUGGAUGACAUUGCACUGAUGAUUGGUUACCGCCCCUUCCCCUGGAUGAAAUGGUGCUGGUCUGUAAUAACCCCAUUCGUCUGCUUGGCCAUCUUUAUCUUCAACAUUGUGAACUACAAGCCUUUGACUUACAAUAACAGCUACAUUUACCCCUGGUGGGGAGAAGCCAUUGGCUGGUGCUUUGCGAUGUCCUCUAUGUUGUGCGUCCCGGUUACCUUCCUGUAUAAAAUCACACGUGCCAGGGGAACCCUCAAAGAACGCUGGCAGCACCUGACCAAGCCCAUCUGGGGCGCCCACCACUUGGAGUAUAUGUCUCAUGAUUCAGAUAUCAAAAGCCUAACCAGCCUAACCCCGGUAUCGGACAACAAGGUCAUCAUCUUUGAGAGCGUCAUGUGAAUAAAGCGCCCACUCUCCACAAGUUCCUAGUGAUGCUCCAACAUGUUGCUAUGCACAUCUCAACUUCCCAGUAUGGGGAGCCAUCAUUGCACAAUAAAGGGUCCUAUGGACUUAUGCAAGAAUCAUCUUUUGAUAUUCGGAAGACAUUUUGCUUUUUUUUAUGUAAUUACAAUCCCGCUCAGUGCCAGAGAAAAUGCAACUGGUGACACCUCUGCACCAUUCUGUGGCUCCUCCUCUUGCACAACAAAGGCAAAUAUUGGACUUUAUUGGACUUUAUUAGGAGUAUGAGUUGGCAUGACCAUAGGAGGACUGCUGAGAGUUCCUUGUGCCCUAUAAGCCGAUCUUGGCUUUGGGAAAUUGGCCUCCUCAGUGCUGAAAUAAUGAAGUCUCUGCUAAAUGCCAUGAAUUCUGUCUUCACAAAACCAUUAACCUCUUCUUUGCUGUGGGAUUGUAGUGCAAGGUUGAGCCUAUACACACAGCUCCGUCACUCUCUAACUUCCAAAUAACCCCGUACCCACAACAGCAGAAUUACAGCAUUCAGUCUUAAAAUGAUUAAACUCAAUUAAAAUAUUAGUCAUUUAAUUUCAAUCUCACUCCAUAUGGGGAGUAAUCGAAUAGACACUUUUUUUUUUUCUUUUUUUUUUUCUUUUUUUUAAACUACAUUUUUCUAACCCAAUUUAGUAUUGAGGAGUUUCUAAAGCUGAUGACUUUCUGCUUCUAGCAAAGUUUAUUGAAAACUACACCAGCAAGGAAGAGGGUACACAUUUUCCUUAAUUCAAAAUAACCUAUUAUUUUCUACAACAUCCACCUGGCACUGAUGGGGUUAAUAUAAGGGCUGUGACCCAGCAUAGAGGUGACAGUCACUAAAAUGCCAAAUACUGAUACUGGGAUUAACCAAGAACAAAUCUCUGUGCUGCAGCUGAGGGAUUGUGCAGGUUAUGACAUUAAAUCCAGGUCUUGUUUACUUCUAGGAACACACAUCCCAAAAUAUACUAAAAACAAGAACAGCUGUAGAAGUGCCCACAAUGCACUGUAGUGUAAACUCUGCCAGCACCCAGAGUAAAUAAGCCUUGUACAAGGAUAGCUGCGGUAACUGACGCCAGCCAACGUCAAGCGGGCAGAUAGUUGGCACCAUUAUCCUGUGUUAUGGUGACUCACAGUGUAGCUACAGGUUUAAAGUUAUUCUUGGUGCAUCCGACAAUCCCUCAGCUGUGGAUGAGAGCAAAAGCCUAAUUUGCACAUUUUGUACAAUACAUAGUACACAUCGUAUUAACCGGCGACUGCCCCAUGCCCUGGGGCAAUGCCUCUGCUGCUGUAGAUGUUGCUGGGGAGAACAGCCAUGUUGUGCCAUAGUAAACAGUGCAAUGUGCGUAUUAAUGCUAACACUGGUACUGUCUAUAGUACACCCAAUCAGGGAGACCCAAAGAGGGGAGAGAUACUUAAAUAGCCUUUAUAGAAGAGCCUGCUGACCUUAUCAGCAGUGAUCUAAUACAGGGAGUGACAGUGAGAGCAGAUACGUUCUAUUUAGUUAUGCUUGUGGAAAUGCCUUAAAUAAUGUCAUACUGACCUUCCGCAACACACCUGUGCCUAAGGUUUUUUGUUUCCGUUGCUCUCUCCUCUCUUUAUCUGAUGCAAUUUCGGCUACCCUGUCUAUAAAAUUAGCAUUAAAAAUGUGUCCCUUUUAUCUAAGAAAAUGUUCUAUAUUAUACCUCACUUCCAGAAAGAAUAUUUGUCUUUAUAUUGAUCAUUUAAAAAUAUAGGGACAUUAUACAUUUCUAUUGCUACCAGUCUAGCGUGUAGGGGGUUAAUAUGAGAUGUUUUAAAAAUGUUCCUUUUGGUUUUUUUUAAAGUUACAUACACCAAGCCCCGCCCCGCUUAGUCUGGCACAUUUUUAUAAAGGGAAGUAAUACAGCCAAUCAGAAGCAACUUAAUGAUAUUGACUUCUGUAGGAUGCACUCUCCCAGCUCCUAGCUGCUCCUUGUCAGCAUUAAAUCCUUAAGCAUUAUUGAUUUUAAACCAAGGCAUUAGUCAGCAUAUAGCAGAUUGUGUGGGUGCAGCGCCUUAUAUACGUGUACUUUGCCAUACGCUUACUGAAUCAGUAGCUCUUCUGCAUUCCCAUUAGAAAUGAGCAGCCAGGAGCUGGGAACAUGAAUCUUACUUAAGUUACAGCUUUUAAUUAGUUGAUUUAUCCCUGCCACCCUUUAAGAACAAAAUGCUGGAUCAAGGUUCAUGACUUUGGGCAUGAAAGUGAUACCUUUAAAAAGCUAAUAACAAAGAGAAAAUAUUUAUAAAAUAACCCACACAUUUUAACUCCCUACAUGCAGACCUGGAAACAAUAUGCCCUCUGUGUCUUUAAAAAAACACAUUUCUUGAUUAAUACCUCAUUGUUACUGUUUCCUGAGAACCUGGCUGUAAAUACUCUCAUACUGCACAGAAUUUAGUAUAAUCCCAUAAUUCAAUGUAUGUGUUUUUAUUGUAUUAUCAUAAUUGCCGCAGAAUUUGUGCUCCAUUGUUUCUUAAGAUGUAGAUUUCUAAUUUUGCUAUCAAUAAUUUUUUUUUUUUUUUUGCGCUGCAGAAGGAAAAUAUUUUUUAUUUUUUUUGAGGGUAUAAAAUGUACAGAGUUGGUAUUUUUAUUAAGAAAAAAAGCUAUAUUUUGGGUACUUGAGAAAUGAAGUUCAUAGCUCCUGACGUGAGGUGUAAGCACUAAGCAUUGUGCAUCAGUUACACUGUGCGUCAGGUAUCUAUACGUAUUCUGAUUAAUGUGACACUGGGCCUGUGUCGGCAUACAGUCUUAUGACCUCACUUUAUUUAGAUAAGUUCUGGCAAUGCAAUACCCCUAUUGGUAUUAUCAUCCUUGCUUGCAGCUGAAGGGUUAACCCCUUAUUCAUCUUUACAACUAUUUAAGAUGUCUAAUCUUGUAUUCCCCUUUCUGUCCGUAUUUACAAAAAAAAAAAAAAAAGCCCAAUUUCCUACCCCCCCACCCCCACCCCCACCCCGUGCUUUGUAUAUGCUUAUAUAUCCAACAAAAUAAUACAAGGGUAUGCAUAGCACUAUGCACUUUGAUGGGGGAUUAUACAGGGAACCCAUUUUUCUUUUAAGGAAUGUAUAUUAUUUUCCCCCUCUUAUUUACCAAUUAAGGACAUUUUUACAUGUAUUAGUUCCUAUUAUACAGGUACAAAUGUGAAGGAAAAAAAAAUGGUACUUUUUGAACAGGCAAACUACCUACAUCCACGUAGACUGCACAACCCCUGUAGUUAUAUGUUGCAGAUACAUAGUCCAGAUUACAGUCUGGAGUCUCUGUAAGCAAAUGAAGUUGCAUGAGACAGAAAUUGACUGUUGUACUAGAACAGGGGUGUUUAUUUCCUAGAUCACCAGUGGUAGCAUACUGAUUUAUAUGGCUAGAUGAUGACAUCCAUUCAUGUGAGCAUUAGAAUGUGCUGCCGUCUAGAUGUUUUAUGGCAGAUGUGCUGGGUAACAACCCCCCACCACCACCACCACCACAGCUGUUGAGAAACACACAUAUACAAUGUGUACUCAUUAGCUGGCAUAGCGCCAGUGAGUCUGGGAGAUUUUAGCCUGUUCAGAAUUGGUUUAAUGAACAAACCAGUAAGUUGUCAGUUCUUUACAGGGGCCAGUUGUGCCCUAUCCAUUUACAACAUAUAAUGAUUAGUGGUUGCAAGUCUUCAUGGGCAAUAGGAAUGUGCAGACAUGUCUAGAUUUGUACCUAUCUGCCGCCUUCAUGUGAAUGAUUAUCCUUUUUUUCACAGUGAGUGAUCAGCUAAUCUUUUUAUUGAUCAAUUGGGUAGGUAUUUCAUUAUUGGUUAACUUUUUCCUGCAUAUUUUUGUAUAUUUUACUUUGAAUUGUCAGCAAACUGAACCGUAGUAAAUAUAAAUAUAAGAAUUGGAUUUGUUAAUUGCAGAUCUGAGGAGGGAUCACAGUUGGGUGACAUUGUCUCCUACUCAGCUCCUUUAUGUGACCGUGUCCUCAUACAGAGCUGCUACAUUCAAUCACUGCCUCUACAGUGUGACCAGUUCCUGUGUUGCUCUGUGAGUGCAGUAAGUUAGGCCAGGAGUUUUCAUGUAAGGCUUCAUGAAACUGAGGCUAUUAGUGAUUCUAGCUUACUAUGCCCCAUGCACCUUAUAUUUCAUGUUUUAGGAAUGUGCUUGUUGUAUAUGUGUUUUAUUAUAUAUAUAUAUAUAUAUAUAUAUAUAUAUAUAUAUAUAUAUAUAUAUAUAUAUUACUAACUGAGCCAUUGGACAAUGCAAAUGUAAAUCUAAAGCCUAUGGUAUUGCUUGUCUAGGAAUAUAACCUAUGGCCUGGCCUGACUGUGACUAUAACCCAUGGCCUGACUGUGACUAUAACCUAUGGCCUGACUGUGACUAUAAUUUUUGGCCUGACUGUGACUAUAAUUUUUGGCUUGACUGUGACUAUAAUUUAUGGCUUGACUGUGACUAUAAUUUAUGGCUUGACUGUGACUAUAAUCCAUGGCCUGACUGUGACUAUAAUUCAUGGCCUGACUGUGACUAUAAUCCAUGUCCUGACUGUGACUAUAAUUUUUGGCCUGACUGUGACUAUAAUUUUUGGCUUGACUGUGACUAUAAUUUAUGGCUUGACUGUGACUAUAAUUUAUGGCUUGACUGUGACUAUAAUCCAUGGCCUGACUGUGACUAUAAUCUAUGGCCUGACUGUGACUAUAAUUUAUGGCCCAUCUAUGAAUAUAACUUAUGGACUGUCUUUGACUAUAACCUAUGAUCUGAUUGUGACUAUAGCCUAUGGUCAGUUUCUGACUAUAACACAUGGCCUGACUGUGACUAUAAUUUAUGGCAUGUCUGGGUCUAUAACCUAUAGCCUAUCUAUGACUAUAACCUAUGGCCUGACUGUGACUAUAAUUUUUGGCCUGACUGUGACUAUCAUUUUUGGCCUGACUGUGACUAUAAUUUAUGGCUUGACUGUGACUAUAAUUUAUGGCUUGACUGUGACUAUAAUCCAUGGCUUGACUGUGACUAUAAUUCAUGGCCUGACUGUGACUAUAAUCCAUGUCCUGACUGUGACUAUAAUCUAUGGCCUGACUGUGACUAUAAUUUAUGGCCCAUCUAUGAAUAUAACUUCUGGACUGUCUUUGACUAUAACCUAUGAUCUGAUUGUGACUAUAGCCUAUGGUCAGUUUCUGACUAUAACACAUGGCCUGACUGUGACUAUAAUUUAUGGCAUGUCUGGGUCUAUAACUUAUAGCCUAUCUAUGAAUAUAACCUAUGGACUGUCUUUGACUAUGAUCUGAUUGUGACUAUAGCCCAUAGGCAGUUUCUGACUAUAAGCUAUGGUCUGUCAUACUUUAACUCAUAGCCUGACUGUGACCAUAACCCAUAGCCUGAAUGUGACUAUAACCUAAGUUCAGUCUCUGACUAUAACCAAUUUCCUCACUGUGACUAUAAUCUAUGAUCAGUCUGUAACUAAUAUCUAUAUGUCCCUCACCUGAGACUGUGCACACAAACCAUUAGAGGGGUCAGCGGUAUUAGCCAGCAGAGCACAGAACUUGCAUUGCACUGAUCAGUAUUGGGAGUUGUUUGUGACUGUUUAGUCCUUGGCAUGGACUAAGAUGAGUUAGUGUAGGGCGCAGCUGCUAUCUCUACCUAUUGUAUUAUGGGGAAUGGCUGUGCCCUUUUAUGUAAAGCACCAUAACCACAGGACUUGGUGCUGCAUCCAGAUUAGGGGAUUCCCUAGUGUAACAGACUUACUCAGUAAAAUAACACUAAAGAGCACUACCAUUUUGGGUUGAGAAAAUGAAGCAAUUUAUGGUUUUGUAGAACUGUGACCAGGACAUCAGCCCUUCCCCUAACUACUAGAUACACAAGAUUUUCUACUGUUUCUGAUGCUGGGGGAAAAAGGAAAAAAGGACAAGUAACCAUGCACAGGUCACAAUAUUAUGUAUAUAUAUAUGUAUGUAUAUCUAUGUGCUGCUGAGCCGUAAAUCCAAUGGCAGCUUAUUAGUUCAGUAGUUAUAUGGUGCCUCACGGUUAAGCACCACUUGGUAGACAUGAGCAUCAGUGCCAAUGCCGACUUCAUGCCAAGGUAGCGGCUUCUGCGCCCUCUGUAUGAGCCAUUUACUGUACGGUCCUGUAGGCCGUGGGCUUUAAUCUUCGUCUUCCUGUAGGAGCUUGGGAACAUACCUCUGUCAAAUAGAACACUAGGAGCUCCGCGCUUUGCACUGUGAUUGUUUGCUAAAUUCACUGAUGAUGGCAAUAAUGGCAAUAACAAUAAAGUGUUUGAUUUUUGGAAA